AUGGUAGAUGAAGAAGACUCCCAACUGAUACAGAAAGUACGACCAAGCAUAACCAAUGUAAGUGAUACCCUACUCUGGAUACACUCUAAGGAUGGAGAAUAUAGUGUAAAAUCAAGAUAUUGGAUACAACAUUCUCUACAAAGUCAAAAUGAUCAAGGAGAGGAUAUCAAAUCUCUUAGUAGAUCAGUAUGGAAACUGAAUGCUCCACCUAAAAUCAAGCAUUUCUGUUGGAGAAUAGUCCAUUCUAGUAGCCUUGGGCUUAAAAAUUUGGCCAUUAGAGGACUUAAAGUGGAUCUGAAAUGUAUAUUGUGUGGGCAAACAGAUGAGACCACUAACCAUCUUAUGUUCCAAUGCAGAGUUUCAAGAGAGAUUUGGGAGAUAACGCCUCUUGCUACACCAUCAGGUGAUACUUUCUUAUCAAACUCUCUCUUCCAAAAUUUGGGGUUCUUCUUAAAAGAUGCAGGUCAAAGGAAUUACCCAUAUCAUUUAUUUCCUUUUAUUCUGUGGAGCAUAUGGAAAAUGAGGAAUAAAUUAUUGUUUGAAAAUUACCGGCAAAGUAUUCCUCAUGGUAUUAACAGAGCUUGUAUGGAUCAAACUAUGAGGUUAGAGGCAGCCACCUGGCAAAAGAGGAGAAUUCCAACUUCUAACCCCGACUGUUCUUUCAAAUGCUUUGUAGAUGCGUCCUGGUUUUCGUCACAAGACCGAGCAGGUAUAGCUUGGAGUCUAACCAAGGACAGCAAACAAAUCAUACAAGGAUCAGCUUCAAUACCUCCUAGCAAUUCUCCAUUCGAAGCAGAAGCAGAAGCAUUGAGAAUAGCUACCUUGGAGAUGCAAAGAUUAGGCUAUAAAGACGUUAAUUUCAAAGGAGAUGCCAAACCUCUGUACGAUAUUUUUGGGCAAUCUUCUGAAGGGAAGACUACAUGGUGUGAUAAAUCCAUAAUCAUCUAUGUAAAAGACAUAGCCUCAGUAGCUAAGUUGCAUGACUAUAGGUUUUCUUAUGUUUCUCGACGGGUAUUAGCUAACGUAGAUUCUCUAGCUAAGAUUGGUAGAAUAAGAAAUGCUCCGAAUGUAAUAAAGUGGAAAAUGGGCUAA